AUGCCUCAUCAUCAUCAACAACAUACAAAUGAUGUAGAUAGUACACCAACUAAUGAAGAACUAAAACAAUUGGUUGACUUUUUAGAUCCACUUAAAAAUGAUCAAAUAUCAUCAGAGAGAUUCAAUGCAUUAUCAAAUUUAACACAAACAGAGCUACAUAGUCAAAUUAGAAAAUUAGAAGAAUGGGCCUAUGUUUUAGGACUUCAAGAAGGUAGCUAA